AGCAGGACCCGCAGCAGCAUGAUGGCUCAAGGCAUCUCGGGGCUGAUGCGACCCUUGCUAAGUGGACUGAAUGUGAGCAAAACUUACUUUAUUUAUCUCCGUGGGGUGACAGAGCAGCAGCAUGCGCCAGCUAAGCAGGGGGCAGAGAGAGGCUUCAGCUCCACACACAAGCUCCAGGACGCCCCUGGGGAAUCGAGCUCUGCAGACCAGGUGACAGUGCAUUUUGUAAAUCGGGAUGGAGAGCGACUUACGGCCACAGCCAAAGAAGGGGAGAGUUUGCUGGAAGUGGUAGUCAAUCAGAACUUGGCCAUUGAUGGAUUUGGCGCGUGUGAGGGGACAUUAGCCUGCUCCACCUGUCACCUCAUCUUUGAGAAGGACACCUUCCAAAAGCUGGGUGCCAUUUCGGAUGAAGAGCUGGACAUGCUGGACUUGGCGUAUGGACUCACCGAGACGUCUCGCCUUGGCUGCCAGGUGUGCAUUAAGAAGUCGAUGGAUGGUCUGACAGUGCGGGUCCCCAUGGAUGUGUCGGACGUCAGGAGGCAGCUGGAGGUUGGAAAGCAAAGCAAAGAGUAACUGGAAACGACUCCUGCACAACUCGCGUCCUCCGCUAGGUGCGGCGGGGUUCUUGGCUCUUGGAUAAUGCUGCUGCUUUCUGCGGCUGGCUUGCAGUAGAGCACAGAGGUCUGAUGUGGUAUAAAUGCCUCUUUGGCAGAUCUCUUGUUUAAACAAAGCUUAAUGCUAGGGUCUUUGGUACAUGUUUUAAGUUAAGUGCUCUGCUGAACGCAACUGGACUAAAGCGUACUCUUUUACAUCUCCCUGGGCAGGUGACAGUAAAUGUCUGUGCUGUGUGUGACUCGCCCCGUCCUUCGAAAUUUAAGGAAUUCUGCUAUUCUAAGUAACUGCUGGGAGUUUUGCGAGGCUUGGCUCUUUAACUGUAGAGCAGAUUUCUCCCAAUUUGGGAAGCUUAAGAAGAGAUCGCUGUUCCGAAUACAAGACUGUGU